AAGGCGGAUGAUGAGAUGUCCGGAGCCACGUCUUCAGCGGAUCAGGCGGAGGCAGCAGCCCGCACCAUUUACCUGAACCAGCCCCAGCAGAGCAAGUUCCGCGACAACCGGGUCAGUACAGCCAAGUACAGUGUGGUGACAUUUCUACCUCGAUUCCUCUAUGAGCAGAUUAGAAAAGCUGCUAAUGCUUUCUUCCUCUUCAUUGCCUUACUGCAGCAAAUUCCAGAUGUCUCUCCAACAGGAAGAUAUACCACCUUGGUGCCAUUGCUAUUUAUUCUAACCGUUGCUGGCAUCAAAGAGAUUAUAGAAGACUAUAAACGACAUAAGGCAGACAGUACAGUAAACAAAAAGAAAACAAUAGUUUUAAGAAAUGGAAUGUGGCAGACCAUUAUGUGGAAAGAGGUGGCAGUAGGAGACAUUGUGAAGGUCACCAAUGGGCAGCAUCUUCCAGCAGACAUGAUCAUUGUAUCUUCCAGUGAACCUCAGGCAAUGUGCUAUAUUGAAACAUCUAAUCUUGAUGGGGAGACUAAUCUUAAAAUACGACAGGGAUUGACUCAAACUGCUAGUCUUCAGUCGAGAGAAGACUUGAUGAAAGUGUCUGGGAAGAUAGAAUGUGAAGGACCCAACCGUCACCUCUAUGACUUCAUUGGAAACUUGCGCUUAGAUGGCCAAAGUCCGGUUCCCAUUGGGCCUGACCAGAUCUUGCUGAGAGGUGCACAGCUUAGAAACACCCAAUGGGUCCUAGGAAUUGUUGUAUACACAGGACAUGACACAAAGCUCAUGCAGAAUUCAACCAAAGCCCCUUUGAAGAGAUCAAAUGUGGAGAAGGUGACCAACAUGCAGAUUCUGGUUUUAUUCUGCAUCCUUCUGGUCAUGGCCCUUGUGAGUUCUGUGGGUGCCUUACUAUGGAACAGAACACAUGGUGAAGUCAUCUGGUACCUUGGCUCAAAUGAAGAGCUCUAUGUCAAUUUUGGAUACAAUCUGCUGACAUUCAUAAUCUUGUACAACAACCUCAUUCCCAUCAGUCUGCUGGUGACCCUGGAAGUCGUCAAGUUUACUCAGGCUCUUUUUAUAAACUGGGACAUAGAUAUGUAUUAUCAAGAAACAGAUACACCUGCAAUGGCCAGAACUUCAAACCUUAAUGAGGAGCUUGGGCAGGUAAAAUACCUGUUUUCUGAUAAAACAGGCACUCUAACAUGCAAUAUUAUGAACUUCAAGAAAUGUAGUAUUGCUGGAGUGACAUACGGUCACUUUCCGGAGUUGGAAAGAGAACGUUCAUCAGAAGACUUUAGCCAGUUACCUCCUUCUACCAGUGAAUCAUGCGAAUUUGAUGACCCACGGCUGUUGCAGAAUAUUGAAAGUGACCAUCCCACAGCUGCUCACAUACAGGAGUUCCUCACUCUGCUGGCCGUGUGUCACACUGUUGUUCCUGAGAGAGAUGAAAAUACAAUAAUCUACCAGGCCUCCUCACCAGAUGAAGGGGCGUUAGUAAAAGGAGCAAAAAAGCUUGGCUAUAUCUUCACAGGAAGAACUCCACAUUCAGUUAUCAUUGAUGCGCUGGGGAAAGAGGAAGCCUUUGAAAUUCUUAAUGUGCUGGAAUUUUCUAGUAACAGAAAGAGAAUGUCUGUAAUAGUUCGAACUCCAACGGGGCGACUACGUCUGUAUUGCAAAGGGGCUGAUAAUGUUAUUUUUGAGAGACUUUCAAAAGAUUCCCAGUAUAUGGAGCAAACACUAUUGCAUCUUGAAUACUUUGCCACAGAAGGUUUGAGGACUCUGUGCAUUGCAUAUGCAGACCUGUCAGAAAAUUCUUAUCGAGAGUGGUUAAAUGUUUAUAAUGAAACCAGCACAAUUUUGAAAGACAGAACUCAAAAGAUGGAGGAGUGCUAUGAGAUCAUUGAAAAGGAUUUACUGCUUCUUGGAGCUACAGCCAUUGAGGACCGCCUUCAAGCAGGUGUUCCAGAAACUAUAGCAACACUAAUGAAAGCAGAAAUCAAGAUAUGGAUCCUGACAGGGGACAAACAGGAAACAGCUCUCAACAUAGGGUACUCCUGCAGGCUUGUUUCUCAGAAUAUGUCUCUCAUCCUAGUGAAUGAAGAUUCGUUGGAUGCAACAAGAGCAACCCUGACCCAUCACUGUACAAACCUGGGAGAUUCACUGGGGAAAGAAAAUGAUAUAGCUCUCAUUAUUGAUGGCCAGACUCUGAAGUAUGCUCUCUCGUUUGAAGUCCGGCAGUGCUUCCUGGACCUAGCACUGUCCUGUAAGGCAGUCAUCUGUUGCAGAGUGUCUCCUCUGCAGAAGUCUGAAAUAGUAGACAUGGUAAAGAAACAUGUAAAUGCCAUCACAUUAGCCAUCGGAGACGGUGCCAAUGACGUGGGAAUGAUCCAGACCGCGCAUGUGGGAGUCGGGAUCAGUGGGAAUGAGGGCAUGCAGGCAACCAACUCUUCUGAUUACUCCAUAGCACAGUUUUCUUACUUGGAGAAACUAUUAUUAGUCCAUGGAGCCUGGAGUUACAAUCGAGUGACCAAAUGCAUAUUGUAUUGCUUCUACAAGAAUGUGGUCUUGUAUAUUAUUGAGCUUUGGUUUGCAUUUGUUAAUGGAUUUUCUGGGCAGAUUUUAUUUGAGCGAUGGUGCAUCGGCCUAUACAAUGUGAUUUUCACAGCAUUGCCACCCUUCACUCUGGGAAUCUUUGAACGAUCAUGUACUCAAGACAGCAUGCUUAGAUUUCCCCAGCUCUACAAAAUUACUCAAAAUGCAGAUGGGUUCAACACGAGGGUUUUCUGGGGUCACUGCAUCAACGCCUUGAUCCACUCCAUCAUUCUUUUCUGGUUUCCACUGAAAGUGCUGGAACAUGAUGCAGUGUUCACAAAUGGCCAAGGACCAGACUAUUUAUUUGUUGGAAACAUCGUUUAUACAUAUGUUGUGGUUACUGUUUGUUUGAAAGCUGGUUUAGAGACCACAGCAUGGACUAAAUUUAGCCACCUGGCCGUUUGGGGAAGCAUGCUGCUCUGGUUGGUGUUCUUCGGAGUCUACUCGGCCAUCUGGCCCACCAUUCCCAUUGCACCAGACAUGCUUGGACAGUGGUUGGCAUCCUUUCGUCUGCGAGAGACGGUGGGAAUUGCAACCUAUGAUGUAGUAAUUCUGGCAUCAUUCUGCUUCAGCAUGGUUCUGGUCUAA